UUCAUUCACUCGCCGAAGCGCACUCGAAACGGGCACAGACGGGCUCCAAUCUCGAACCCAGAACCAGAACGCAGCCCCAGUCCCAAUCCGCGAUCACCGAUCCACGAUCCACUGCCAGCAUGAACCAGUACGCACUGAUGGCCGUGUGCCUGAUGGCCGCCCUGGGGGCCAUCCUGCUCGAGGUCCAGGCCAACCCCAGCCCCGCUGUAGCGACUCCCCAGCUGAGUCCCAGUCAGCUGGGCGGACUCUCGGCCCAGUUCCUGCCACCGGAAUACCGCAACACAAACAUCAGCGUGGAGGACCUUAAGCGGAUGUACCGGGAGAAGUGCAAGAAGGUGACGGGAGCGGAGAAUGCGACCUUCUACCAGGAGAUCGAGAAGGCGGCGGCCAAAAUGAGCGCCUGCAUCAGCGGCGUCGCCAAUCUGACUGCCCUCCAGGCGGAGAUGGAAGAGGCCAAGCCUUUGGGCGAGCUGGAUACCGUCUUCCACAAGUACUGCCUGCGGGCGCCCGAGGCUGAGGCUUGCGUCAAGGAGUUCAACGAGAAGAUGCAGGUGUGCCUUACCAGCGAGGAGAAGCGCCAGCAGGAGACAAUAGCGAGAAUUGGAGCAUCCCUCCUGGGCUUUGCCUGCUCGAGGGGUGGCGACCAGAUCGCUCUGUUCGUGGCCGAACAAGGACCGGAGUGCCUGGAGGCCAACAAGGAUGCAAUCAGCAACUGCCUGAACCGCUCCUUCCACCAGUACAUCCCCAAGGACGGCCAAGUAGCCGACCUCAUGAGUCGCCCCGAGCUGCUCUUCUCGCCCACCCACUGCGUCGAUCUGCAGAGCUUCGAGGCCUGCGUCCUCCACCACCUGGAGCAGUGCUCCGAGAUCACCCCCGCCAAUGUCGUCCAGUCCAUCUUCCGCUUCGUGAAGAACGAGACGGACUGCCAGGCCUAUAUGGAGGCGCGCGCUAACGAGCGGCCCGUCCUCCUUGCCGCCCGCAGCAACAGCACUGGUGGCGGUGCCAGCGACCUCUCCACCUCCACCACCCUGCUGGGUUCCCUGGUUCUAGGCCUCACAUCCCUUCUUAUCCGCCACUGA